UGCCCGGAUGCAGCGGGAGGAGGCGCUGCCGCCAUAUUUGCCCAGAGAGCAGCGAGCUGGUAGCUGCAGAGCCCCCCGGACCCAUCGGCUGCCAUCCGCCCCGCGCAGUCCCCGCCGCCGCCCCGCCCGUAGGACAUGGACGAUCGGGAGGACCUCGUCUAUCAGGCCAAGUUGGCUGAGCAGGCUGAGCGCUACGAUGAAAUGGUUGAAUCAAUGAAGAAGGUGGCUGGAAUGGAUGUGGAGUUGACAGUGGAAGAAAGAAACCUGCUUUCUGUUGCAUAUAAAAAUGUGAUUGGAGCCAGGAGAGCUUCCUGGAGAAUAAUCAGCAGCAUUGAACAGAAAGAAGAAAACAAAGGUGGAGAAGACAAAUUAAAAAUGAUUCGGGAAUACCGGCAAAUGGUUGAGACUGAACUGAAGUUAAUCUGUUGUGACAUUCUGGAUGUACUGGACAAACACCUCAUUCCAGCAGCUAACACUGGCGAGUCCAAGGUUUUCUAUUACAAAAUGAAGGGGGACUACCAUAGGUAUCUGGCUGAGUUUGCCACAGGAAAUGACAGGAAGGAGGCUGCAGAGAACAGCUUGGUGGCUUACAAAGCUGCUAGUGAUAUUGCAAUGACAGAACUCCCACCAACACAUCCCAUCCGCUUAGGACUUGCGCUCAACUUCUCUGUAUUCUACUAUGAAAUUCUUAAUUCUCCUGAUCGUGCCUGCAGGUUGGCAAAAGCAGCUUUUGAUGAUGCUAUUGCAGAACUGGAUACACUGAGUGAAGAAAGCUAUAAGGACUCUACACUUAUCAUGCAGUUGUUACGUGAUAACCUGACACUAUGGACUUCAGACAUGCAGGGUGAUGGUGAAGAACAGAAUAAAGAAGCGUUGCAGGAUGUGGAAGAUGAAAACCAGUGAGACACAAAGGCCAACAAGAGAACCCAUCUCUGACCACCCUCCCCCUUCCCCACAAAAACCCUCAGUGUCACUCUGAGAACCACCAAAUCUGACUUUUACAUUGGGUCUCAGAAUUUAGGUUCCUGCCCUGUUGGGUUUCUUUAUUUUUAUUUUUUUUUACACAGUUUAAAAGUUCUUAAAGGCAAGAGUGAAUUUCUGUGGAUUUUACUGGUGCCAGCUUUUAGGUUCUUUAAGACACUAACAGGACUGCGUAAAGGCUCUUUCAGCAUUACUGUAUUGUCUCUGCCAGCUGUGGUGACAUUGCCAUCAGACCUGGAUGUGACACCUGAAGGCCGUGUAGGGAGAGAUUGGUCCUGGCCAGGUAGUGCUCAUGUGGUGGCAUCUUUCUUUUUUUUAUAACUGUUUAAACUGAAUUUUAUACCAAUGUUUCAACUUAAUUGGGUGUUUAGCUUGAAGUUGCGAGGUUGCAUUUGGGACAUUUAUUGUAGUGGUUUUACUGUAUAAAAACAAAAAGUUUCCAAACUGCUGAAAUGUUGCUGAAAAUCAUGGUGCUGGUAACAGUUCAACAAUCCGUGGCUGCUCAUUCUUGCCUGUUCUUUACUUUCCCUCCAAGCAGGUUAGCAUUGAAGGUGGCAUUGAUAAGCCUGCAUGCGUGUUCAAUAUUUUUUCUUUUCUCCCUCCCCUCUCCCCAUCUCCCUUCGCUCGCUCAACCUCUUUUGUUCAGUAUGUGUAACUUGAAGCUAAUUUGUACUACUGGAUAUCUGACUGGAGCCACAGAUACAGAAUCUGUAUUGUUCUUACUGAAACACAGCAUGGAAUUAACAUUAAACUUAAAUAAAACAAACCUAAAUUAAAAAUGCCAA